UACGAGGUUCAGUCGACAAGAUGGCGGAUGGUGGGGAGAGGGCGGCCAGUUGGCCAGGUGCUGCCGCCGCGUCGAGUUCGGAGCUAUAGCUAACUAAAUACGCAGUGUUGUACAUUUAGAACGUUCACAAUGGCUACCACGAAAGACACGUCUACUUUCUUUCUGGAGGCAGAUGCAAAACAGUUUGACAGUGUAUUGAAAUUAUAUCCUCAAGCAAUUAAACUAAAAGCUGAGCAGAAAACAAAGAGACCAGAGGAGCUCAUAAAAUUGGACAAUUGGUAUCAGAAUGAACUACCAAAGAAGAUUAAGUCCAGGGGCAAGGAAGCGCACAUGAUACAUGAAGAGUUGGUGCAACUCAUGAAAUGGAAGCAAGCGAGAGGGAGGUUUUAUCCACAAUUGUCAUAUCUUAUAAAAGUAAACACACCAAGAGCAGUAAUGCAGGAAACAAAGAAGGCAUUCCGGAAACUGCCCAAUAUAGAGUCUGCGAUGACUGCAUUAAGCAACUUGAAGGGAGUUGGUACAGCCACGGCAUCGGCUCUGCUCGCGGCGGCGAGUCCAGACAUAGCACCGUUCAUGGCUGAUGAAUGUCUGCAAGCAAUCCCAGAGAUGGAAGGAAGUGAUUUCACUGCCAAGGAAUACCUCAAUUUUGUAAACCAUAUACAGAGCGUCUGUGAUAGGUUAAAUAAGGAACAAAAUGGCUGUGGCAAAAAAUGGUCUCCACACAUGGUAGAGCUGGCAAUAUGGGCACACAACAUAAUAUCGGAAUUGCAGCCUGAGCUUCUGGGUAAACAGCCAAACACCACCCAGCCUGCGCCAACGAAUGGUGGAUCUCCCCUCCCCAGCGACGAAAGCAACCUGGAACCACCUACAAAUGGGAAUGGCAAACUGACUGUGGAACUAGUGAACGAGGACACAACUACUUCCUGCACAGAGGACUCGAUGGACGCGAAAGCUGCAUCACCAGCCACGCCCGCCUCUCCCUCCGAUAACUCUGACUCCGCCGUCAGCACGCCGCGUGCGAAACGACAAAUAGAGGAAGCGAGUUCAGCGGAAGAGAACUCCCUAGGCGACCCAUCAGACGCCACCCCGCCCGUCGCAAAGAAGAUUCGAGAAGCCACACACUGACACGCGCACCACCCACCAAACUACCCUCGUGCGCCUAUAAAUAGCUUUCUCUAGACUAAAAUAUUGUACCUAGGUAAUUUAUUUUUCAAUUCCGUUUAAUUUUAACUUAGUAUUAAGUUUAAGAAUACCGGUCGAUUUUGUAAGUUUUAUAGGGUAUUAAUGAAUUAAUUAAUUAAAUAUUUUGGAUGCGU